AUGUCGACCUUCUUCGGCCUCAAGGCCAAACCCUACCCGUUGGACCCUUCCUUCCGUGGAUCGACCGCGUGGGACACCUUGUCCGCACCCUACCCCGAAUACCCGAAGCAUCACAAGCUCUUCACCAGGCUCGUUUCUCCCGCAACCUUCGACAAGAGCCUCAGUCCAUGGCUGCCGCUUGGUUUCUCCCUCGUCUACUACAUCGUCGCUCAUGCCGCAAACGGAAUCGUCAAGAAGAAUGGCAGCAAAGACUUCACCAAAGGCUCGGGCCUAGCACCCAUGCUGCUCCGAUUCUUGAUCCUCACGCAUAAUGCAGCGCUCGCUGUGUACAGCGGCUGGACGUGGGCGAGGAUGUUCCCCCUCGUCGUCGACUUCUUCCUCCAGGGCUGGAGCGCCGCGGGUUUCCAAGGUGUCAAGUUGGCACUCUGCUCCAUGCCCACCAACUUCCCAGAGCUCGGUGUUUACGCCUACCUCUUCUACCUCAGCAAGUACUACGAGGUCGUCGACUCGGUUAUUCUGCUCCUUAAGGGAAAGCGAGUCUCGAAUUUGCAGUCGUACCACCAUGCCGGUGCCAUCAUCUGCAUGUGGGUCGCAUACCGAUAUCAGAGCCAGCCAGUCUGGGUGUUCUGCGUCUUCAACAGCUUCGUCCACACCUGGAUGUACACCUACUACUUCUGCGCCGCAAUGCGAUGGCCGUUCCCUCGCGCCGUCAAGCGCAAUCUCACCACAAUGCAGAUCGCACAGAUCGCUUCUGGAACAUUCCUCACCAACCUCUACCUCCUCACUAGUUUCAACCCGGCUCAGGUCGUCAAAGGGUACAAGGCUCACAAGGUGUCAUCCUGGUAUCAGUCGAGUGGUGCCGGCGACCAAUCCCUCCUCACUCACGCUCUCGCUCGCGCCGCUUCGUCAGACCCUUCCACUUGCAUGCAGACCACUGGUGCAGAGAUUGCGCUCCACGUCAACACCAUGUACAUGUUCCCGCUCCUCGCCCUCUUCUUCAACUUCUUUAUGCGCUCCUAUCUUCAAAAAGCCCCUCCAUCAAAAGAGCCAGAUGUCAAGAGAGCCGCUGCAGCCAAAUAG